UGAAGGCUGCACAGAACAAUCAAAAAAGCUGACCUUUCGGGAUCACUAGCCUGCGUUUGGCAUUUGAAUAAAUCACUCCAACUUUUAAGUUUCGCUUGUUCAGCUGGUAGUGGGCACUGCUAAAAUCUAUCAUUAUACAUCGUUAAAGCAUUGGCUGUUACUUUGGAUAUCCUUCAGUAUUAAGUUAUUGGAGAUAAGUAUGGAAAAAUUCAAGGCCACAGGAAGAAGGCUUUCGAUAUAAAAAGUCAAAACAGACGAGAACAAAAUGCGUACUUGACUUCGUUUCUCUGUUAUGACGAAGCCGGUCGCUAGCUUCAAGUACGAUCCCACUACAGAGAAAUUCCCGCGAUUUUCUUGAUGUUCCAAUAACAAAUUAAAGAUUUCACUUUGAAGUUUUUAGUUUAUUCGUCAAAUGCUAAAGAAUGAACGACGAGCAUCGUAACCUUCUUCGCCGUCAUCAUUUACUAUUCCAAAAGGACCUAGAACCAAGAAAACUGCUAGCCCAUUUAGUAACAGUACUGGACAUUAGGGAUGAAGACGAAAUCAAGGCACAAGCAACAAGGGAACUACAGGUCGACAAAAUGCUCGAUAUUCUUCCGAGAAGAGGGCCACAGGCGUUUAGAGUUUUCCUUGACGCUUUGGAGGCUGUGCAGCCGUUUUUAGCUGUUCCUUUAAGAGAAGAGGAUGAAAUCGAGAAAAGAUUGACUGAGACCAGAACAGAGCUAGGUCGUGCGCGGAGCCACAGUGCCAACCUACGAAAUCAAUUAAGCUGCGCGUCUUCUCAGUUGGAUACAGAAAAGUCAAAGCAUGGUAAAACUCGUAAAGAGCUUGACGAACUCAAGAGCAUUCAUCAAACACUGUUGUCUGAAAUAAAAAAAGAAAGCCAAAAGCUGUUAUCCAAAGUUACUGAGCUUGGGGUUUCAAACGAAACGCUGAAACAGGAGCUACAACAAGAGCAACUGCAAAAAACUAACUUGGAAUCCAAAGUUCGUGAUUUAGAAAUAUUUUUGGAGAAUAAAAAUAAUGAGAUUGCAAAUGUUCGUGAAAAAGAGCUUUAUAUGAGAGUUGUUAUGGAAAAGCAUAAACAAGAGGGUUCAGAUGCCAAAACCCCUUCAAGGAAACUGAGCCUAGAGGAAACGAAAAGACAUUUCAGACGAGAAAUAUUAAGGAGAAGAGCUUAUAGUGAGAAAAGUAGUUAUGAAGAAUCGAUUGAUAAAGAGCCACUUGAAAAGUUUGACGAGAUCAUCCAAGAAGAAGAUAUGUAUGUACAUGAUGAAAAAAUAUUGGAAAUUGUUCACGAGAGAGAAGCCAUGCUCAAAUGCUUUGAUGAAAAAUUGGAAGAGAUGAAUAAUGAACUCACUCUUGUAAAAUCUGAGAAGGAUUUAGCAAAAUUGGAGUGCACGCAACUCAGGGUCAAGCUAUUGGCCUUGGAAGAAGAAGCAACACGAAGUGUAGAGGACAGAGCAACCUCGCCUAUAACAAAAUCAGGUGCAGAUAACUUACAGUGUGGUGAAUGCAAAACUAAGACAGCUGAAUACGAUACGCUACUGCUAAGGAUGGAGAAAGAGAUGGCCACUUAUAAAGAAGAAAUUCAUAAAGUGACCUGUAGAACGAACGAGCUGACAGAUAAGUUCGAAAGAGAAAAGAAAUCCUUGGAAAUAGAGAUUGAGUCCCUCAAGAAACUCUACGACACAAGUAAAGAAGACUACAAGAACCUGCAAAAUGAAAUGGCAGAACAGCAUUCGAAAGACAUCAAGGAUCAAUGUGUGAUAAAAACGGAUUUGACAGCCCAGAUAGAGAUAGAUAAAUUGGUUAUCACUCGCCUGAAAAGCGAACUGGAUAAAGAAAGGGAAUCAAGCAAAACAUUUCAAAAAGACAACGACAAGUUCAAAAAGAAAAUUAAAGCUGAAAAGAAACAGUUGAAACAACAACUCGAGCAGGAGUCAAAGAUUAGCACUAGCAAGAUGAAGGAGAAAGAAGCAGCGUUGAUAGAAUUGAGGGAUUCAGAGAAAAGAAAUCUCGAAGAAAUUGCUAAAGUAAGGAAGAUAACAAGUGAGCUGCAAAACAAAUGUGAUCAGCUGGGAGAUGAACUGGAAAGGUGGAGGUCACUACCUGGAAGGGUCUUCAACUUUAAAAAAGAGUUUGACCGCAAUGGUGUUAUCUACACUCUGGGGACAAAUUUCAACACAACUCCAUUCACUAAUCCAGCAAGUAAUAACAACUGUUCAAUUAUCGUGACCCGUUCUUCACAAGGUCAUGGACACCCUUUGGAUCUCUUGGAUCUCAAAAAGGGAUCGCUAAGUUGUACCAAAGACGAGGAGAAUUCUUGGUGGCGAGUAGACUUGGGUGAAGAUUACACCCCCUUUGUUACUCACUAUACCCUACGUCAUGGCCGGGACAAUGGGCUGUCUGUAAUAAGGAACUGGAAUUUAGAAGGAUCACGUGACGGAAGAACUUGGAAAAUUCUCCGAAAGCACGAGAAUGAUCGAACUCUCAAAGAGCCGUUUCCUUACUUUAUGGGUACAUGGGCUGUGGAAGGGAAGAUAGAAGCAAUGCGUUUUUUCAGGAUUCGACAAACUGGGAAAAACUCCUCUGGUAGAUAUGCGUUAUGUUUGUCAGGAUUUGAGAUCUAUGGGAUCUUACUGUUCAUGAAAGAAUGAAAAACUUUUUAUCGAUCAAUUUGGUAAUAUUGACCUAUUCCUCAAAUUAUUAAAAGACAAGACCUCAAUUUUGCUUUAGUUACGUCACGGCCAUGGCCAGUUUGUCAAAACGGGUCCCACAUGGAAAGGGAUGACCAUGUGCGAUUACCCUUCAACGACACAAGCGACAUACUGAGUUUGCUGGUCAUAGCAAGGGGUUAAUCAUUUAUGGUCUAGGGGCCGACUAACCUCUCCCUUAGGCUUCUGCCGAGCUUCCUGAUCAGGCUGUAAUUCUCCCGGGAUAGCGGUGUUGGGGCCGAAAUCUCCAGCGUAGCCGUAAGUCCAUACGACGGUUCAGCACUCGAUGUCUGGAAGUAUGGUCCUGGUUAAUUAUAAACAAUAACAUAGAUAACACUAAAAACAGAAAAUGAACUUUUCAAUAGAUCGUGAACAAUUUGAAAAGGAUAAAAGCUAUCCUAAGUGAGCUGUGCAUGCGCACUAUAGUGGUAGCCCGACCCUUAAAGUUUCUUUUUUAAUAUUAAGCAUUUCCAAUUUUAAGUCGGCAAACCAAAGCCAAAGCAUCUUCAAGAAUAGAAUGACAAAGCUAUAUAUAUCUGUACUGACCUACGCGACCGACGUCGCUAGUUAAUGUAAAACCAGGUUAAACCCUUAAUAACAAACCCUAACUUAUGAACAUUAUACAACCCCACCCCACUCCCAAAGUAAAUGACCAAAAUGGCAAUCGUAUCGUACCUAUUGGGUACGAAAUAUUGAUCCGUUUAUUUUUUUUUGUUUUCAUUAAUUUGAGACAAAUUAAGAGAGCAAAUGAGAAUCCAUGGAUCGAACCGAAAAGCCAAUUAAGUAGACUAAUACCUCAUUCACACCAAGGCUUAAACAUGUUUAAAAGUGGUUUAACUAAACAGGUUUGGAAAACUAUCUACGAACACUGCACAAUAUUUGGUGAAAUAAUGCAUGUAAACUAUCCUUUGUCUUGCUCUGACAAUAUUUUAGAAAGUUUCAUUAUAUUGUAGGUUUCUAGUUCCUCAAUUUUUUUCCUAAUGAAAACAUAGCUUAACUAAACACGUUUAGGUGUGAAUGGGCUAUAAGGGUCCCCUCAGGAUCUCAAUAACCUAUGUUUGUUUAUGGCUUUCACACUGUCACAAAUCACGAUGGAUUCCUAUAACUUUUUAUGAGAAUUGGAAGAGUGAGUAGAAAGUAAAAGAUGGGAAUCCUCGAUAAAGGUAAAUAUCAAGAGAGGGUCCCAGAAACAGGAGUCAUGUUGGUGUCUAUUGUCCAGGUUACCAUGGUGAGGGAAUUCUGGAGCUGUAAACAUUGAGAGGAUUAUUCCUUCUGGCGUUUGUAUUGGUAUUUUCAGAGUACAAUCAAAUAAUGAUAAAAUAAAUAAACUGUAUGAACUAUGACGCAGUUUAGCUCACUUUCACUCGAAUGAUCAAACCUUUGACAAGCUUUCGUUAAUAUAAUCAGAAUAAAUUUUAAAUAUUCAA